AUAUGCGCAUAAACACUCCGUUGCAUUCUGCAUCUUUACGGUACGGUGUAAACCAGAAAUGUCGGAUGCUGUUCCGAUAGUGAUUUAGCACCAUUAGAAAACUAUUCUAAAUUUUGCCGUUUUCCUAGUGUAACUUAGUAGUUCGCAUCGUUUCGAAUCAGUACGGACUUUACAGAUAACUGACUGACUGCCGUUUUUCCAAAAAUCAUUUUAUUUGGGGCGUUUUGACAUCUGUCAGAGUUAGGAGGGCGUAUGCAUUCUUGCUGAAUUUAUCGCGAAUCUAUCAAAGGCCUUCUCCGAAGUACCUUUUGUGCUAUAAGAAAAGACUUACCAUCAAGUGCCUUUCCAUAUCCCAUCAACAUUUCAGUCCACGGAGUCGAGGAAUCAGCCAAGACACACAACUCCAGUGGGGCCAUACCUGGAGUAACGCGGCACUUUCAUCAACAAAACACGCAUCAUCAACACGGUCAACAGUUACCUGCAGGUGCUCAACACCAGUUCGCAGCAGCCGGUGGAGCACCGAUUAAAGGGUGCGCCUUAGGUGCACCCAUGGCCACCCAGCACCAAACGCCGGGGGGCUAUCGCGGCCAGUGGAGCAACGUAGGCGCUGGACAUCAACACCCGGUGGCUGCAGCCAUUGCAGCCCCUUAUCAACCCUACCAACGUUACGCGGCAGCUCAGGCCCAACAGCCUGCUGCUCAACUUCCGCAGCAACAGCAACAGUCCAUCUCCUACAGUACGGCUGCUGCCAACUACAACAAUUCGAAUUCGUACGCUAAUCAGCGUGUUCCAACUGCAACUUCGCCAUCAAACGCGAGCAGUUCCAGCAGUCACACAGGCGGAAGUCAAUCCGGACAAGCCGCAGGUGGAAGUAUGCUGAACAAUUCGCAAAACAUGCAACAGCCUCAGCAACAGGCCAAUGCAGUCAACAAUUCGGUAUCCUCUAACGGAUCGGCUCAGAGCCAUGGAUCAGAACAACUAAGCAAGACUAAUCUCUAUAUUCGAGGAUUAAACCCUGGGACGACUGAUAAGGAUCUGGUCAGCAUGUGCCAACAAUAUGGCACAAUUAUAUCUACCAAAGCUAUUUUAGAUAAGAAUACUAACAAAUGUAAAGGAUACGGUUUUGUUGACUUUGAGAAUCCCGUUGCUGCCGAAGGAGCUGUUAAAGCCUUGACAGCGCGCAACAUCCAGGCUCAAAUGGCGAAAGUGGGUAUUUGGUAUCAUCAGCGUAGACCUGCCACUGUACGUUUGCAUCAACAGGAACAAGAUCCCACUAAUCUCUACAUCGCUAAUCUGCCCCCCAAUUUCAAGGAAUCUGAUUUGGAUUCGUUACUUUCCAAGUAUGGCCAAGUUAUAUCAACUAGAAUAUUGCGCGAUUCACAAGGAAUCUCGAAGGGCGUAGGGUUUGCCCGCAUGGAAUCGAAAGAUAAGUGCGAGCACAUCAUACAGAUUUUCAAUAAUCACAAUUUGCCAAAUUGCAAGGAUCCAUUGUUGGUCAAAUUUGCCGAUGGCGGCAACAAGAAGAAGAACUUAUACAAUAAGUAUGUGAAUUAUUUUCAGAGUAACGACAACUCAAUGAAGUGGCGUGAUGCGGCGGAAGGCAUGGGCGCCAUGGCUUACGCUCCAGAGGCUUUAGCCUCCAAUGGUGUCGCUGGACAACAUCCUAUGAUCUACAACUACAGACAACUUAGUCAGUUUACUGGCUACAGUCAUCAAUGGAUGCCACAAUACGUUAUGCAAGGCCCGAUUCAACCCGUGGAUGAAGGCUACGGCCUCCAAGGCCAUGUGCAGCCCCGCGAUGGUCAAACUCCGCGCGGUAUUCCCCUAAUGGUUCCAACUGGGGAGACGCCCAUGCAGUACGCGCUUCCACAGUUAACAGCCCAAAUGAACGCUAUUCAGCUUCAACCGGCAGGAUCCUACAUGCCAACCACGAACUUUUAUACCACUGCGCCGUAUUCCAUUAUGGCGGUGCCUGUUGAUUCAGAACACACUAGUAAUGCUGCUAGUCCUGAUGAUCCGUAUGGAGCUUACCAACAGGGGCCCCAAAAAUAGAGUACCAACCGUCAGUGCAGUUUUGCAGCGAGAAUUUGCUAAGACUACUCUGUGAACUCAGGACUCUUCUUGUUUUGGCACUAAGUAUAGGAUAUGUUGUAGUGCCAUUACCGAUAAUAUCAAUCUUUUGAUAUGUGCAAGCGACGCUAGUUCAAUAGUUGAAGAGUGAGCUUCGUUAAUAGUUGACGGUUUUACUUCACAAAACAUAAUUUUUAAGUAAACUUGAUUUAUUGUUUGAUUGUUAGCUAAAUUCUAACAAAUCCUGUACUUACUAUUUAAUUGGCUUGAUCAAUUUUAUGGGGGUCCUGAGUUUAGGCUAAGUAGUGUUUUGUUUUAGUGGCGUUGCCCGGCGAGUUACUUGUGAUUAGCGCAAUUGAUUCCUCCAACGGGCUUGUAAAGAGACUGUUUUAGUUAAAAAUUGUAAUUCGAGCUCUAAAGCUUGAAUUUUUAGAUUUCAAUUCAAAUUUGAUUCAAACGGAUUUUAUUUCAACCAAUCUUGCUUAUAUUAAGGCAGAGCACGUGUGCUAUAGUUUUCAUUGCUAUUACGCGAGACUUACAUAAUUAAAUUUGUACCAAUAUUUCGAAAUCGUCUUGACUUAUGAAGUCAUUAGAGUUUCGAAAUAUUUAGAUUUUCUCUCGGGUUGGAUGUGGAAAACUAGCAACGAAAAGUUUUGUUUUGCGAAAGUCGGCGAGCACAAUUCAUGAAUUUUAAUAGCGUGAAAUUCAGUCUGGUUGUUUUUGUCUUGUUUUUACUACUUGUCGUUUUAAAUAUAUUGUUCUCAUGUGUGCAGGCGAUGUGUUGUUAUCCGACCAUGAUAUCUAGAUGGAUAAUCUGUAAAUCGGAAGUUUGUAAUUACGUAGAACAUUUGUAUGGAUUGAGUCACACACAUACCUUUUCCAUUGGACAUAUUUUAUUAUGUGACAAUUACUAGUAUUCUUUACUGUUCACUGAAUUGACGAAAAAAUGGAGAAUCAUUAAAAUGGCCCGUUUACCACAAAUA